GCCGCCCCGUGGACGUGGCGGGGCAGCCGCCAUUGCAGUCGUCAUGAGGAGCGGCGGCAGAGCCAUCCGCGGAGAAUGGCCGGCAGAGGUAGAGGGGCCGGCUUCGGCCUGCAGCCACCGGCCGUAGCCCAGCCGCCCGUCGGCGGCCACCUGUACCCCUUCAUGAGCGCGGCGGGAGCGGAGAGCGAGGGGCCGGAGGAAGAGGGCGAGGUGUCAGAGCUGCGGCCGCGGGGCAAGGAGAAGGUCCGGCGGAGCGCGUCGAGGGAUAGACUGGAUGAUAUCGUCCUGCUAACUAAGGAUAUCCAGGAAGGGGACACUCUGAACGCUAUCGCGCUCCAGUACUGCUGCUCGGUUGCAGAUAUCAAGAGAGUUAACAAUCUUAUCAAUGAUCAAGACUUUUUUGCCCUGAGAUCUAUCAGAAUUCCGGUGAAGAAGUUCAGUGUACUGACCGAAACACAUGUCUCUCCAAAAGGAAGACCCAUCCUUCGGCCUGCUCACUUUUCCCCAGAACUACAGGAAACGUCACCUGCUGAUAAAUUCUCCAGUAAUGAGACUGCUGGCAACUUCCUGAAAGAAGUGGAUCGAGAUAUAGAAGAAAUAGUGAAGUGCAAUGACACAAAGAGAGAGAAUCUUGAUGAAGUAGUUUCUGCCUUAGCAGCCCAACAAAUCUGUUUUGAGACUGACGGUAAAACUAAAAAACGCAAGGAUCCCUACUAUGGAGCAGACUGGGGUAUAGGAUGGUGGACAGCUGUAGUGAUUAUGUUGAUUAUUGGCAUAGUAACCCCAGUUUUUUAUCUCCUGUAUUACGAAGUUCUAGUGAAAGCAGAUGUCAGUCACCAUUCUACAAUGGAGUCUUAAUUUGUCACAGCAGCCUCGCAUCAAAAACAAAUGGAAAAUGGAGUAAUUCCACAGAAUAUUACAAAUGUUGGUAAUCAAAGAGACCUUCAGCCUUAACAUAGGAAGAACCCAGGCAACUGUUAUCAAUAAGACACAAACCAUAACAUUAGGUAAAGGGGAAGCCACUUUAUCUAACACAUGUGAAACACAGAGAAGAGGCAUAGUGGUGUGUGACUUGCCUUUAUGGGCAGAGUUUCAGUGCAAAGGUAUUUCUGUGGAUCACAUAAUCUCCGAAUAUGCCUGAGACAUGAUUGGGAUAUAAAUUAAGGUAUAACAUUGUCUCUGAAGCUUUGCACUUUUUUCUAUUUUGAUAGACAUAUGUUUUUAAUUAAUGAUGAGAUGCAAAAUGUAGUUUGAACUAACACGAGGAGUCUCACUGUAUGAUUUACAGCCCUAAAAGGGGCACUUGGGGAUACCUAACUUUCAAACAUUUUGAAGUAUUUAUAGAAUGCAUAGUACACUUGACAUUUUAGGAUCAAGUUUACAUCAAUUUAAACUCUGUUCUCAUAAUUUUAAUCUUUCUUAUAGAGUAAGAUUUUUUUAAAAAAAUAAAAUAAUUCCAUAAUUAAUUGCCACUUUGAAGUGUUUUUUUAGAACAGACUUUUAUAGAGACAGUAGCUAAUGUUCAAGCUAGAAAGUUCAAAUCUUGUGCCUGUGGUCAACCAGUUCUUUAGUAGUUUCCAGUAUGCGCAGUAGGAUAACUUGUUUUCUGCAUGUGUGGCACUGUGGUUCACCACAGUCCACUUGAAAGAGUCUUGCUGAAACUUCACAUAUUUCUGAGGUAUCCUACUGAAAACUGACUGGACUGCACUCCUCAUCUGCUCAUCUGUGUCUAGAAUAGAUGAAGUGCAGAUAUGUGGCUCCUUGCUGUGACUGCAUUAUUUUAUGCUAAUUGAUAGGGGGUUUUUUUUCUCCUCCAGCUAUUCUCAGUUCAGGACCAACUGAUUGUUCAGACAGGAGUCAUGUGGGUCUUGAGUACGCUAGUAGUUGUGUCCUCAUGGACUUCAAACACUAAGUGGAAGGAAAAAAGCCACAGAACUUCAAAUGAGGUUUAAUGGCUGCCAGGAAGAAAUUUGAAAUUGCAGCAGAAUAGACUAGUUGUAGCUUUGGAUGUGAUGUCGUAGCACAUUCAUCAACCACUUUGCCCUUGAAUGUUUCACGUGGGUUUCCCUUGUUAUUCAUCUCAUUUUUUUUCCUUACCUGAAAAUGCCACAAGAUUUAAAAAAAGCAGAACUGGACUCUUUCUACAGAAAGAAGGAGGUAUUGUGUACUCAAAAUAUUUUAAAAUAAAAACAGAGAUACUGCCUGUAUUUUCUUUUGCCUUGUGGAGUUCCAUUGCCGUGUUCAAGGUACUGUUUGCUAAGGUAUGAAUAGGAUGUACACAGAGAAAUAGCAAAGUAAUCACUGUCCUUUAAACUACUACUUUAAGUUUUCCUUGGAGUGUCUUAACUUACGUAUAUGUGGUAUAAAAAAAACGGUGCUGAUUGUUUCCUAACUAUUGGAAGUAUUCCCAAGUGCUUUAACAACCUGAAUUUUGAAAGUGAAGACCUACGCCCCAUCUAUUCUUGGGCCUUUCUUGCCCCAAGAAGUGGGGCAAAUACCCUUCACUGGCAUGCUAAGUGUAUGAACAUAAAUUGCAUAACUUUUAAUGUACUGUGUUUAAAUUGAAGCUGGCCAAAGCUUGAAGGAAAACACUGUACAGUUGGACCUGUGGACUAUGAUCUGCGGCUCUUGAACCCUUUGAUGAAUGUGGUAUCUGUGGAGAUGUGAGACUACCCAUACUUUCCAUGCUAGAGUGACUGCCAACAGGCAUGAACUUCAUGUUUCAUAUAACACUUUUUUUCAGAGAUCUUUUAAAAUAAUAGUUUUUUCCAUGAAAGUAACAGGUGAAAAACACAAACAUGAAGACUGAAGUACUGAGUAAGACUGUAUGAAAAAUUGUUUUGCAAAAUAAUUUACAGUAGCUAAUGUUGAUAGAGCUUUGAUGACUAAAACACUGAAAGGUGUCUUGCCACAGACCUUUGGCACAUUAAGGCAAUUUUUUCUGUGUAAGACUGAAACUUGGUACAUAAUGUGUCAGGUUUUUUUUCCUGAAAGUUUAUUUGCUUGUUUGCUUUUCCCCCUCCGUUCUGUUUCUGAAAUGUCAACAUUUUUAAUACUUUAUUCUUCCAUUUCUUACAAAAUUGUAAAAGACCGUGAAAUCAGCUACUGUGAUGAUGCAUCGUAAGCCUAACUUACAGCACAUACCUGAACUGAUGGGUAUUAAAAUUGCUUUUGGUAUAGAAGCAAACUUGAGUUGUGGUUUGACUUGGUCAGGAAGCUCUCUAACCUGUUGAUGUAAAGAGAAGGGUUUUUAACUUGGUUUUCUUCCUGUGGUAGUGCAACUGAAGAGCUCCCUAGUGCAUCUCAGGCUUUGGGCUCUUUAAGAGUUGGAAGGCCUGCAUCUUACUGAGUGAAGUGUGAUGGGCGUUAAUUUACCUUUAAUGGUCAGCAGUUAUUGGAAAAAAACACCAAAGAGCUGUUUUACUGGGAGGUAUUAUAUUCCAACCAAAAGCCUAGCAAGUUUUUACUAUUUCAUUAUGUAGCAUAUUUAUCAAAAGAUACAGUAGGUCUCUCUCCAAGAUUGUAGGACUCCUGGUACUGGUGAUGUACAAGCAUCAUCUGGCUUGGCUUUUUGCGGGAUGCAGGGACCUCUACUGUUUUUUCCUAAGUGCUUUUUCCGAAGUGCAACACAACUGGCAAUGCAUCACCACAUGACAGCCCUUAGUAAACAGGGUAACUGCAGUGCUAGAUGUGGGGUAGGGAACUGAAAUGUGUCUUAAGUAAAAGUCUGUAAAGUUAGUCUUUUAGAAACCGACUUGUUAAAAAGAAAAAAAAAGCCACCACAGGACAACCAAGUGGUAAACCUUGUUUUAGAUUAAUUACAACACAUUGUUGAUCAGAAAGUUGGUUUUAAGUGCAUAUUGCACUGUUGGGUCAUGUAAAAUAUAAACACUUUAUAUCUGCUAUAUUUUGGAGUAUGUUGUCACAAAUAGUCUUUGUAUAACUAUUUUAUAAAAUGGCUGAAAAUAUAACUUUAUCAAAUAAACCUGAAUGAGGAUGCAAGUCUUAAAUGCUUCUGCUCCUCCUCUUUUAGAACAUAAGUAAUGUACAUAAAAUAAAGAUUUUAUUUCAGACUGCAGUGAAAGUGGUGCAUAUAAUGUAUUCUUAGCUCUAUAUACUCUGCAUGUUUUAUUACAGGAGGCCACUGCUUGUAUUUGUUUUGGAUAGUUUUUAGGUAUGAUGUAAAAUAAAAAUCCUUGGCCAGCAAGCAUUUUGUUGGCAGUACCUGCAUUUAGUCUUCACUUUAGCAUGCUGUAACUACAGCCUUCAUGAUUUAAUCUCUCCAUGCCUUAGAGAACGCAGAACUCUUUUGUGUAAAGUUUUGAGAACUUGUUAGUUCUGUGAAAUGAGGAUUAAGAAAUAGGCAUGAAAAAUUAACGUAGGGAUCAGUAGAGUUCUUAGAUGGUGAUAUCCCUACACACUGAAAGCUGUGCUGCCUUGUAUGAAGAAGCAAUAUUCUUCUGCUGUGCUAGUAAGACAGAAUUUGAAUAUAUGCCUGUUCAAACACAGUGUUUGGUGAGAUCCAAGGAACAGUCUUCUUUACAAGGAUCAUGGCCUUGCAAUAAAUUUUAAACAAUUAGAAAAUCAGCUUAUAAAAACAUCUGCCAAUUGCACACCUCUGGAGCAGCACAAUCUCAUUUUAUUUCAGAAAUGCCUUGGCAUAGAACUGUAUCAUGGCAGAACUCACCAUAUUCAAAAGUGUUGGUCUUAUUUGUCAUUGUUAAACUAGUCCCAGAGAGUCCAUCCUAAGACUGUGUGUUUUUUUUUCUGGAGGACACAGGCGACCAGUGUUCUCAAAAGGCCUGAUUUUCUCCUAUAGUAGCAUUUCUCAGCAAUACAGCAGGGAGGCAACUGUCCAAUUAGCAGAACAAUGAAUGAAGCCACAGCUAGUGCCCAAAUUGUAACUCAACAGUAACAAUACCGUCCAGUAAUAGUAGAGCUUGCAGUAACGUUUCUGCAGGGUUAAUUGUCCAGCUCUAUCUUCGGCAGAAGUCAUCUCUUUGCGUUCCUUGUGUAAAAGGCAAGGGGUCUUUGUUUACCUUGCUUAUGGAAUAACAGUUAGAUGAUAAUACUAGUUACACUUGCAUCAAGCAAAUUCUAUUUUCAACAACCUUACCUUGUUCAUGACAUCCAUCUCUCUUGUCUAUCGUGCAAGGAACAGGGAAACCUGUUAAAGAAGCAACUGCUGGUGCAUGUGAUGUUAGAAGAAAAUGAUCAGAGAAUAUAUUUCCUAUGCACUGUGCAGAAUGUUUAUUAAAUACUGUUUGUAUAGGUAUGAACACUUCAAAAU